AGUAUCUUAACCCUCAACUUACUUCCAUCAGCUUACAGAUUCAUCAUGUCGCACAUAUUCUCACUUCAAGGACGCGGGCUCAAGCUCGACACGAGAGCCGACAUUGAGCCCUACCUAAAGGAUGUCCCGACGACGAUCGAGGAGAUCCAUCUCGGGGGAAACACGAUCGGUGUGGAGGCCGCAGAGACUCUCGCAGAGUUCCUCACGAAGACAACGGCUUUGAGGGUCGCAGACUUUGCAGACAUCUUCACCGGCCGUCUCAUCAACGAGAUCCCGCUCGCCCUCGCUGCCAUCUGCGAUGCCCUCAUCCCCAAAACAACGCUUGUAGAGAUUGACCUCUCCGACAAUGCCUUCGGCGGUCGCUCCGUCGACCCCAUGGUCCCUUUCCUCACGCACAACCGCUCCAUUCAGAUCCUCCGGCUCAACAACAACGGGCUCGGCCCCGCCGGCGGCGAGAUCGUCGCCAACGCACUACUGCGCUCCGCCGAGCUCAGCGCGGCUGCGGGCGAGAAGUCUAACCUGCGCAUCAUCGUGUGCGGGCGGAAUAGGCUGGAGGACACCGCCGCACACGCGUGGGCGGUGGCGCUCGCAGCGCAUGGGGGGCUCACAGAGGUGCGCAUGCCGCAGAAUGGGAUCAGGAUGGCGGGCGCUGCGGCGCUCGUGCAUGGACUUUCGGCCUGCGUGAGUUUGAUGCACCUCGAUCUGCAAGAUAACACGUUCGGCGAGGCAGGCUCUGUGGCCAUGGCCAGGGCGCUCCGGGCGUGGCCUUCCCUGCGUAUACUGAACCUCUCCGACUGCGUGCUUGCUGAGGAGGGCGUUGUAUCUCCGGUACUCGAGGCGCUUGCGACCGGCUCAAACCCGAAACUGGAGAUUCUCCAGCUGCAGAACAACAACUUCGAGGCACGGUCGUUUGAGCUACUUGCUGGGAGCCUCGAGAUCCAUCUACCGCUAUUGACGGUGUUGGAGAUGCAGUGGAAUGAGAUCGAGGAGGAGGACGAGGCGAUCGCGAGAAUGUUGGAGAUGAUGAAGGUGAGGGGUGGCAAGCUUGUACUUGAUGACGAGGAAGAAGAGGAAGAGGAGGAGGAGGAGGAGGAGGAGGAAGAAGAACCACAAGAAACCGAGGACGAAGCAAAGGCGAUCGAGGCGCGCCCCAAGGACGAGUUGGAUAAGGAGGCAGACGCCCUCGCGGAGAGGCUCAGCAAGGUGGAGAUCAGCUCAUGAUCAUUGUAGCAUGGUGCACAAGUUCCAUUUCUAGGUCUU